AUGCAGGCAAGACUGCCAAAAGGGCGCACCCAGUUGAGAACUUUCGUCCCGGCAGCUGGAAGUCGGGAGGUUCACUUACCCAUUCUGGCGACCAUACAUCCCACAAGGCAUUGGCUCCUGCCGAAGACUCAGUCGCCUCCUCAGGGAUAUGACAAGAUAGCUCUCCAGACAGCUGUCCGGACGGGAGCUCAAGCGGCCGUCGACAUGCAGGUCCGGCUCGGAGAGGCACAGCCUGCCGCUGAGGUGAUUCAGUCCAUCUCAGAUGGCGACCAACAUGUCGCAUACCAGACUCUGAAACUGCUGCGUCCCUGGCAGCCUGCAAGGCAGUAUGCAAAAGACGUGUUUGCGGCGCACCAGCCCCUCCUUCCCAUCUCUGGGCCGAGGCCUCUCGGAGCUACCGCCCCAGACUUAGUCGGCGGCCUGACGUUCGCGCUGGACUUAAGCCAGGCCUUUGACACAGUCUCCCGCCAAAAGAUCUUGUCAAUCCUGACAGACAGAUCGGCGGAUCCGGACACCGUCCGAAUGGUGCACUCCCUACACCACAAGUCCAGCUACAAGAUACGGACACAAGGGAUAUCGGCCACGGUGGAAACUACGGUGGGCAUCAAACAGGGCUGCAAACUGUCACCCACCUUGUUCUCCUUGCUGACAGGAGAACUGUUUGAGUCUUUAAUAGCAGCAUUCGGACGAGACCAAGUGGUGCGUUUUUUGACAGGUUAUGCAGAUGAUCUCGCGUUACACCGUACGAUUCGCUCACUGAAAGACCUACAAUCUAUUCAUGCGCUCAUUGGCGGGCUCUUGGAAACCGUCAAAGCUUUUGGACUAGUCGUCAACAAGGCUAAGUGUGUUAUCUUGGUAAAAUUGGCAGGCAAGACGGCCCCGCAGGUUGUCCGAAGACACUCAUGCACCGUGAUUGAUGCCAAGGAAACACCGGUCAAAGGCUGGCGUAUAGGACCGAACAAAACCUUCCCGGCUUUUCAGUGGACUUCUUCAACAAAGUAUUUAGGGGUGAUUAUCUCCUACAACCAUUUUGAGCAGCAAACUCUGCAACACAGAAUCUCAGAAGCGAAACAGAAACUCCACUUGGUGAGGAAGUUUGUUCACAACCGCCGCAUCGCAAGCACCAAAUCCAGGCUGAAGGUCUGGCUGGGAACUGUGCAAAGCACGCUUCUGACGGGGAUUGCGGAAGUAGGCCUAUCCGAGGACUCGGCUCAAUCUCUACGCAGCUGGCAUGCCUACAAGGUUCGCACGGUUUUGAAUCAGCCAGCACAUAUUGGCAGGGUCUCCACUAAGGACUUGUAUGCCAUUUAUAAACUUGAAGACCCGGCGCAGCUUGUCCUCAAGCGUCUGCGCAAGAGACUGCGCAAAUUGAGGAGACGUGCCAGGCUUGAACCCGACAUUACUACGUCUGAUGCCGCUCUCACUUGCCUUCGUGCCAAGAUUCGCGCCAUCGAGCAAUUUCCGGUCGAAAACCAAGACCCGGCUCGCCUCCAUAGCUGUGAGCUGUGUGGCGCCUCUUUCGAGACCGCGCAAGGUGUCCACUUGCAUCGCUCGAAAAUUCACCCCGAGUCCAUUGACAGGUUCAUCCCUGACCAGUUUGAUCGGCUGAAACACGCGGUCGAAGGGAUGCCUCAGUGCGCGGCCUGUCUGCAUAUUUUCAAGCAAUGGAAGGGGUUGCGGGGUCACCUCCUAUCGGGGGCGUGCCCCUCGCCGGCUAAGCUUCGCGAGCUCUCGAUUUCGAGCCACGCCGCCGAAGGUCCAGUAGCAGCGGCUCUACAAGCAAUUCGGGUAGACUUAGCUGCUCUGCCCGAGCACUUACUAGGUGUGAGAGCACGCAGACCGGUCAACGAUGUCCUGAAUCACAGAUGCCUGGUCUGUAAUUUCUGGACGCCAGAUCGCACCAAGGUCAAGUCGCACUUUCGUCAAGCGCAUCCACAGGACUGGCGACGUCUUCACGCCUCGACGGCCAAACUUUGUGCGGGGUACUCUUUCCAGCUAAUCAAAGGGCAAAUGUGCCCGUUUUGUGGCUAUAAAGUUCACGACAGGCGCAACCACCCUGAACAAUGCCCGGUUCUGUACCAGCUUGCGUCUCAAUGGUUGCGAACUCACACCACCAAGGUGCCGUCAGGCUCACUGGACCCAGCGCAAUGGCAGGGUCGCACGGAUGGGGAGGUAGAUGACACUGAAACGGGAUACUCGUUUCUCAUGCUGCCGAUGCCUACGCAAGAACAGAUAGCACUGCCAGUUUGGGGUGAAGGACAGGUCUACAUCUGCGAUGAUUUCCGGCGCCCAGCACUGGCUACGGCCAGCGAAAAGGCCUGUUCAACGGGUCCGAACUCGGGAACCUGCCACAUCUAUGGAAGACGCUCCAGAGGAGGGACAGGUGAGAUGCGCGGCGCUCGGCGCGUCACCGCCUUGAGCAACUUGGAGCUUACAACGGCCUUCUUGGUGCACGACGAACAGAUCAGUCUGCUUCAGCAUCAACUAUCGCUGGUCUACAAGCUUCCAAUCGAGCUCGGCUUGUCACAAGUCUUGCAGAAGGCGGUGAAGGGUUGGCAGAAGGCCCAUGAACCAGCACCCCGCGGGCUCAUGCUCUGUUGCGGCUCGGGUGGCUCGACCAAUGAGCGCUACAACAACUUCAUGGCCCUGGCUACUCAUCGGCCAAAUCUCAAGAAGACCCAUCUCAUCCUUGACUUGCGCAUUGCCCUGUACUCCGAGCUCAUGCCGUACUCCACGCUCCUCCUGGAAGUUUCGGACACCUACGACGGAGAGCGGCUCGGCAAGAAGGCACCAGGAGGCCUGGCGCGCAAAGCCAGAGGCAAGGCGUAA